AUGGUGAUGAGAAACAGCACAGUGAUGACAGAAUUCAUCCUUCUUGGUCUUACCCAGUCUCGAGAUAUUCAGCUCCUGGUCUUCGUAUUAGUCUUAGUUUUCUAUCUCGUCAUCCUCCCUGGGAAUUUCCUCAUCAUCCUCACCAUCACAUCAGACCCUACUCUCUCAGCCCCCCUCUACUUUUUCCUGGGCAACCUGGCUUUCCUGGAUGCAUCCUACUCCUUCAUUGUGGCUCCCAGGAUGCUGGUGGACUUCUUCUCUGAGAAGAAGGUGAUCUCCUACAGAGGCUGCAUCACUCAACUCUUUUUCUUACACUUCCUUGGAAUAGGGGAGAUGUUCCUUCUUGUUUUUAUGGCAUUAGACCGUUACAUUGCCAUAUGUCGGCCUUUACACUAUUCAACUAUCAUGAACCCCAGAGUUUGCUAUGCAUUAUUGUUGGCUCUGUGCCUUGGGGGCUUUGCUCAUUCCUUUAUACAAGUGGCUCUUAUCCUCCACUUGCCCUUCUGUGGCCCAAACCAGCUGGAUAGCUUCUUCUGUGAUGCCCCACAGAUCAUCAAGCUGGCCUGCACAGACACCUUUGUUGUGGAGCUCCUGAUCGUCUCCAACAAUGGUUUGCUCAUAGUCCUGUGUUUCCUGGGCCUUCUGGCCUCCUAUGCUGUCAUCCUCUGUCAUAUAAGAGGACACUCUUCUCAAGGGAAGAACAAGGCUGUGUCCACAUGCAUCACUCACAUUAUCAUCGUGUUUCUCAUGUUUGGACCUGCCAUUUUCAUCUACACUCGCCCCUUUAGAACUUUCUCAGCUGACAAAGUGGUUUCUCUCUUCCACACAGUGAUUUUUCCUUUAUUGAAUCCUGUAAUUUAUACCCUUCGCAACCAGGAGGUGAAAGCUUCCAUGAGAAAAUUAUUUAAUCGCUAUAUUUUU